AUGCCGGGCGUCGCAAAAGAGGCCGUUGUGCCGAUCGAGGCCGCGCUCCUCGGGCUGGCAAUCACCCUCGUUCUCGCACGCAUGUAUCUUCGACUGAUUCGACAGCGUCAAAAUCUCACAAUCAGCGAUUGGAUCCUUGUUGUCUCGAUACUCGAUGCCAUCGCGCUCUUCGCAACCGACACGAUGGCGUACAACCUGGGCGCAAUGGACGAGUACGACCCGAAAGCCCCGGCGGCCCCGGACGACGAACAAAUCAGGCUGAUGAAGGUCUCGUUUGCCGGAAACUACUUCUAUGACACUGGGGUUUACUUUCCGAAGCUGGCAUUGCUGGCCUUCUACUUCAAGUUGAUUCCGCCUACGAUGCCCAUCUUGCGAAAAGUGCUCUACGGAACGAGCGGCUUGACGCUGGCCUUCGCCGUGACUACCUGCUUCUUGGACACAUUCUGGUGCGGACCCAAUGUGUCUGUGAACUGGGAUUUGGAGGGCUCCUGCUCGACGUACGAUUCCAAAGCAGUUUUCCGCAUCGAUUGGGGCAUGAACAUUGUGUCAGACCUGCUGAAUGUGCUUUCCAUGACAGAGAUCGCAGCCGCCAUCAUUGUGGUGUCGUUGCCCGCCCUCAAAUCGCUUCUCCACCGCCGUGGGCUGGCCACAUCGAAUUAUGGGACCGGCAAGACGGGAUCGGACGGGCUGGCUUACAAGAAGCACCCGACAAGCCACUUCAAACUGUCUUCGGGGAGAGACCCAUACGAGGCGACGACGCGAGUGGUCGCCGAGGAGGAGUCGGGCAGCGAGGUGGAACUGAACAAUCUCCAACGAUCGGAUGUGAUUUACAAAUCCGCUCGCGUGAGCAUAACGUACCAUAGGCGAGAGGAGGUUGGCGAAGAGGGAAGUCCCUCCGGGCGUGCAUCCGAGGUCGUCCACCCCGGCACCGGCACGAGGGAUGGGGAGGGGUGUGCAUUAAGAACAACGGACCCCGGCCGGCGUACGGAAAACGGUCGAGUAGCCAAUCAUGCCCGGCAAGGUUAA